CUCGUAGAUGGCCAGUGAUGCAACCAGAAGGGCAAACCCGAACGAAAGCGAAAGAGCACUUCUUGUUCGAGAGUCUCGGCGCAGGCUGUCAUUGUCGGACCCUCCUCUCCUAGAGGCUGUUAUAUAUUAUGCUUGCCUGUUCUCUUCUCCACACAUCCAUGUUUGGAUAUGCCCUGGGGCCGUAUUGCCUCCUUAAGACAACAACAUUGGCUAUUAAUGUACAAGACGGGAACCCCCGCAACCGCUCGCUUCCUACUGCCUCGCCCAGUAGAGACCCCGUUUGGACACAAGGAUACACGUAUAGGCCACCUAGACGGGACUAUUCUGGCAUUUACAUCAACGGAAACGCCGUUAAGGCAUGGCUAGUGACUCACGUCGUAGUCGACAAGGACAUCAACCGGUGCCUGCAGGCGCCUGGACGGAGGGUAGAUGUGGUUAGACUCGGUUCUAGUAUGCCAGGCCUUCCAGCGUGGUUCUGACCUUGGCGUGACCUCCUCGGUGAAGCGUUAAUAUCGUGACGAUUUUUUUUUUCUAUUUAGGUUGAUGAU